ACAAAAUAAAGUAAAUGCCCCCUCUCUCUCACAGCCCAUACCAUACAUGCCCCCUUUAUCUUCAUUAUAUUUCUAUAAAACUAAACAUUGCACACUUGCAUUCCCAUCUCAUCUCAAAGUCUUCAACAUCUCACAAGGAACAAAGAAGCCUAAGCAAUAAGCACUUUUUUGGUAUAGGGGAUUUUGGAUUUAAGAUUUUCUUGGAUCACUAGGGAAGAAGAAGAUGGAAGGCAAAGUGGCAUAUGAGAAUGAUCUCAACAACCUCAAGGCUACAGAGCUUAGGUUGGGGCUUCCUGGAACAGAAGAAAGUGAGAAGAAAACCAACAAAAGGCCAUUGAAUGAAACUUCUGAGGGUUCUAAUGCUCAACAAGUUGAAAGUGGUUCAGCCCCUCCUUCCAAGGCAAAGAUAGUGGGGUGGCCACCAAUCAGAUCCUACAGGAAGAAGGAGGUAGAAGCUGCUGGGGUCUAUGUCAAAGUGAGCAUGGAUGGAGCUCCUUACCUCAGAAAGAUAGACUUGAGGAUCUAUGGAGGCUACUCAGAACUCCUCAAAGCUGUAGAAAACAUGUUCAAGUUGACUAUAGGUGAGUACUCUGAAAAAGAGGGUUACAAGGGAUCUGAGUUUGCCCCUACUUAUGAAGACAAGGAUGGUGACUGGAUGCUAGUUGGAGAUGUUCCAUGGGAGAUGUUUGUGACAUCUUGCAAAAGGCUGAGAAUCAUGAAAGGAUCUGAAGCAAGAGGUUGGGUUGUGGUGUAUGAAAAUUAGGAGUAUGCAAAAAGAGAAGUGUUUUGGUGUGAAGGAAAAACAUGGUUUCAGCUUGGGUUCUCGGUUGGGUUUUGAGUCACCUUAGUGUAUGCAAUCAAGCAUACAUAUCUGGAGUUCUACUCCAAAGCAUGGAGAUGGAAGAUACAGUGGAGUUACUUUCCUCAAGUUUGACAACAUUUGUGGUGGGAUGCUUUUCAAGAUUAGAAUGAGAAAUCUCAUGUUUGCUUCAAAUUAAUUGUGUACAAGGAUAGAAAGGGGUUCUUUGUAUUGUAGAUCUAGAUUUUUUUUUAUCUUGUGAUGAUACAGAGUACUAUGUUACUAGGGAGGGUAUCCUUAUGUUGCAUCAGUUUAUUCAUCUUUUAUAUACACUUAUGAUAUUUUAUAAGAGUAGUUUUUUUGAAUA